ACCCGGCAAAGACCCAUCUGAGUUACCCAAGAGUUGGACGUGUGUCACGGUUGAGCACUGGCAAUGAGUGGAACCAUGUCGGAACCCUGUUCUCCCAGCCAAGGGCUGUUUUUUUAUCCUCUCUUCAUACUGUUCCAAGUGCCAACCACGCACACGAGCACAUACAUGCCUACACGGACCCGCAUCCCCUCGCAUCAACACACACACAACUCUUGUGGCAUAGCACCUCUUACCUCCCACAGCCUUGGACACCGUUGCGAUACACACUCUUGACUCUUGCACGAGUCGGUAUGGCACGGACUCGAUGCCUGUCCAUGGCCAUUGUCCUGGCUGCCCUCGUUGUCAAUGUCCUCGCCAACGCCGUACUGCCGCUUCCUGGUGGCUUGGGAAUGGCUGGCGGUGGGGGUGCGGGCGCAGGCGGGCGGCGACUGCUCGGCUCGCGUAGCACACUUGUGACGGGCGAUACGUUGACGGAUCGGCUGGGUGGAUAUGAUGCAGAGACGGACACGUACCAUUGGGACAAGUACGGAGUGUAUGUGGGCGAGCGGGUGGCGAUGCCGCUCAUUGUCGGCGUGCUCACUGUCCUCUUUAUCCCGUUCUUCCUCUGCUGCCGGUGCUGCUGUAACGUGUGCGGCGGGCGCAAGCCGAGCUACGGGAUAUGUCGCGGCCCGCGCGAGCGGGCGACAGGCGUGGUGACCCAGUCGAACAACGGCGUGGUGAGGGUCGAUGGCAAGCGCGUGGCCCACACUGACGAGCAUGUCAAGGCGCUCGAGUCUGGCGCCACCAUCGGGGCUGUGGCGCCCAAGACGUACUCGCGCAAGACGGUGAUGGUCAUUAAGUUUGUGGCCAUCGGCUUUGUGGCUGCUGCCGUCAUUUCCGGCUCGGUCAUUCUCGGCGGCAACGCGCUCGUGAGCAAGGGCAUUGACGGCCUUGUCGAUGGCGUUAUUGUCACUGGCGAGGAGCUUGUGGCCGAUGUUCAGGCUCUCGUUGACGAGCUUGCCAAGCUGCCGUACACGCAAGAUGCAGCGACGACGACCAGGUCGGCGCUCGAUGAGGCGCAAGAUGUGCUCAAAAACGCCAAGAGCGUCGGUCGGGCGUACGUCGCCGAGCUCGACAAGUACCGCUUCUACUUUCUGGUCAUCUGCUUUGCGGUCCCGCUCGCACUCCUCGGGCUCGGGCUCGGGCUCGGCAUUCUAGGCUGCACCAUGUGCCAGGCGCAGAUUAUCAUUGCCAUGCUCAUGCUCCUGUUUAUGUUCCUCCUCUGGGGCUCGAUUGCUAUCCAUGUCCUCUUCUCGAUUCUCUUUGGCGACGUCUGCACCGAGGUCAGCAUCCGGACCGGCUCCGACCCGUCGAACACCAUCGGUGAAGCCAUCGGAUGUGGUUCGACCAACGAAGCGUUCAAGUCGCUCACCGACGAGGCCGACAGCGGCCUCUCACAAGCUACCAACGCGGCAUGCGACGGCGCUGCACAAAUUUGUACCGAUCCAACGUGCGGGCCAUGCCCGUCGCCGUGCACCGGCGACAAUGUUGCUUCGCAUCUCAACGUCACCAUCGACUCUGGCUCGCCGGGCAUUGUGACGUGGAGCGAGUGUGCGUCGGUGUGCGAGAACUCGAAUCGCAAGGACUCGACUGCGGCGUUCGCGGGCCAUAUCGCCGUCCGGACCUCUUACGUCGGCAUCCGCGACAGGGCUGGUGUCAUUCUCGAGUGCGGCUUCAUCGACAAGCUCGUGGCGCGAGUCGACAACGCGCUCUGUUCCGACUUUCUUGGUGGCGUCAACAUGGUGCUCUACGGCCAGAUCGUGCUCGCGGUCGUGCUGACUGGCGGCGCCGUCGUCCUCAUCAUGGGCGUCAAGCGGUUCAACCGAUCCAACACCCGCGGCUUCACCGCCGCGGCGGUGGCGCCGGCUGCAGUCGCAGAAUACGGCUCCCCGCCGGGCUACUCGCCCGCUGGCCUCUCGCCGCCGCCCAACUACUCACACUCGGCGGACGACUCGGCCUCAUCUCACAACUGGGGUUCGCAGGCGAGCUGUCCUGGAGACGACGAGGCGCCCAGCACCGAGCUCGGCGGCUUCGAUCCGUCGUACUCGACCUCGAGCUAAAUGCACGCUAUCCUGCAAUGAAGCCAUUUACAGUUCUAC